AUGGUCACUGCCCAUGGCCUUUCCGCCAACGAGACGCAAAACUCACAUCGCAACGUCUGCCCGCUCCUCUCCAACAAUUCUGAGCUCACAGCUACCCCGGCUGAGGCGGUGUUGCCCCACGAGCCCCGCAUCUCUCCAAGAUCGCCCUACAAAAUUGCCAAUACCGUGUUGUCCAGCAUCCGAACCCGCAAGUUGUUGGAGGAGGAACUCGGGCUGAGCAUGGCAGACGCCGAGGCCAUCAACCAGCUCACCGGCACCUUCGACGACGACAAAGGAGGCCGUCCUGCACAAAGUCGCCCGCCCAUUCAAUGCCUCCUCACCCCACAUGCUUGCCCCCGGAUCCCUGUUGCUCAAAAAUCCACCGGCGUCAGCCUGGGCUAUUGUCGUCCGUAA